UGGACGUCACACUCUCACUCUCCGCAAAUUGCUUUGUUGCUAUUUUCGCGUGGCUCCGUUUUAAACUUUUGCUAAACAUAAUAUUGAAAACAAAAUGUGAUUUAGCGGCUUGCUGCACACGCUUUUUACCUUCUGUGUGUGUGGUGCGCGCAUAGUGGCUAAUGCUAUUUUUUAUUGCUGGUGGCUACAUUUGAUUUCAGGCGACUUUGAUUUCAGUCGCCAAUUGUCAAUCGGGCCGCCGGGUCGACCGACCAUCGUUCUUUGCUGCCUCCUCCACUGACGAGUAUCGCCGCGGUUGUGUGUGUGUGUGUGUUCGCCAGCGGGUUCAAUCAACUGUGUAGUUUGCCAGUCGGGCACAUUCCGCCGCACUCUUUAAAGCCGUGUUUAAGAACCACAGCACGCUCCAUUUAUGCAAUAGGUGCAUAUUAAAAUCGGAAAGUAAACGAACGAAUAUUGUUUGGCAAAAACAACUACGUAACAUUUCAGUGCAACAUUUUAGCCUAGAAGCUAGAAGCUGGUGGGUGUGUGUGGGUGUCUGUAUGUCUGUCUGUGCUACUGAGCAAACAGCAAGUGCUUCUUGCUGAGAGAGAGAGAGCCAAUGUUUAAGAGACAGCCAGCAAGUGAUAAGUGAGAGGCUCUCCCCCUGCGGGGCAUUGUUGGCGCUUUUAUAACGGACCCUCCACAGAAGCCGUAGUUGAGUUCAAGUGACGUUCGAAGACGGCAGCGCAGUAGAACCGAAACAGAAACAAUAACAAUAACAAUACAAAUGGCAGCUAAAUAUUAAAGUUAUAUGUGCCGUUUGAUUGAUAUAAAUGAAUAUGCAAGCGGGAUAGUUAUACAACUGGAAGGGAAAACACACACAACCGCUUCAUGCCGCUUUCAUGUGCAAGUGCGCCGAGCUUUAAUUAAGAGCCAGAGAUGAAUAUCACAGCAACAAGUGCAAUAAAAAACAAAACCCCUCCGAAAUAAAGAGAAGAGAAGCGUGUAAAAUACAGUGUGCCAAAAAAAAUAAAGCAAAAGUAAACCAAAACCAAAUAAAAAUAUACAAUAUCUGUGGAUAUAUAGAAAGGCAGAAAUUAUCCGGCAGCGACUUUAAUUAUAACCAGCCACGAAAUCGCAUAAAGAAAUCAACAAGUGUGUGUCUCGCUUUCAUUCAUGCGGUCAACUCAACAACAACAACAAUAAGAACAACAAUAACAAUAACAAAACAACAACAGCUGGCUGAUAAGGGGCCCUGCUGCAGUUGGGAGAGUUAGUAUAUAGUCUAGCCGGUGAGCUUCAAUCGCGGGCCAUGGCAUUAUGACGGAGUGACUGGUGACUGGAUGGAUCCCUGUGCCACGCCCUCAACGCAACGCAACCAAACAAUGAAGCACCCGCAGGACUUGAGUGCCACCGAAGGACACCAGCUCAUGAAGGUCAACAAGGUGGAGAAAAUGGAACAGGAGCUGCCAGAGUCCGAAUCGGAAAGUCAUAUAAUGCAUGCCGAUGCCCUGGCCUCCGGCUAUCCGGCUGCCUCCCAGCCCCACAGUCCCAUCGGCCAUGCCCUCAGCCCCAACGGCGUCGGCCUGGGACUGAGCAAUAGCAGCAACCAGAGCAGCGAGAAUUUCGCUCUCUGUAACGGCUCGGCCGGCGGAAACGGAAAUGGCAAUGCGAGCAGCGUAGGAGGCGGAAGUGCUAGCAGUGGCAGCAACAACAACAACAGCAUGUUCUCGCCCAACAACAACCUCAGCGGCAACAGCACCAGCAGCAGUCAGCUGUUACAACAGCAACAACAUCAGCAGCUGCAGCAGCAACAGCAAUCGCCGACAGUAUGUGCGAUCUGUGGAGAUCGGGCGACAGGCAAGCAUUACGGAGCGUCCAGCUGCGAUGGCUGCAAAGGGUUCUUCCGGCGGAGUGUGCGAAAAAAUCACCAAUAUACCUGCAGAUUUUCCCGCAACUGUGUGGUGGACAAGGAUAAGCGGAAUCAGUGCCGCUACUGUCGCCUCAGGAAGUGCUUCAAGGCAGGCAUGAAGAAGGAGGCAGUUCAGAACGAACGGGACCGCAUCAGCUGUCGGCGAACCUCAAACGACGAUCCGGACCCCGGCAAUGGACUGUCCGUGAUCUCGCUGGUGAAGGCGGAGAACGAGUCCCGGCAGUCAAAGGCCGGCGCCGCCAUGGAACCAAACAUUAAUGAGGAUCUCUCCACAAAGCAAUUUGCCAGCAUCAACGAUGUCUGCGAGUCGAUGAAACAGCAGCUACUGACGCUGGUAGAGUGGGCCAAGCAGAUUCCAGCCUUCAACGAGCUCCAGCUGGACGAUCAGGUGGCUCUGCUACGCGCCCAUGCCGGCGAGCACCUGCUACUUGGCCUGUCCCGUCGCUCGAUGCACCUCAAGGACGUCCUCCUGCUGAGCAACAACUGUGUGAUUACCAGACACUGUCCAGAUCCCCUUGUGUCCCCCAAUUUGGAUAUCUCUAGGAUCGGAGCCCGCAUCAUUGACGAAUUGGUGGUUGUGAUGAAGGAUGUGGGCAUCGAUGACACCGAAUUCGCCUGCAUAAAGGCCCUGGUCUUCUUCGAUCCCAAUGCCAAGGGCUUAAAUGAGCCACAUCGCAUCAAAUCCCUUCGGCAUCAAAUACUCAACAAUCUCGAAGACUAUAUAUCCGAUCGGCAGUACGAGUCGCGCGGCCGCUUCGGUGAGAUCCUGCUCAUCCUGCCGGUUCUGCAGUCCAUUACCUGGCAGAUGAUCGAACAGAUUCAGUUUGCCAAGAUCUUUGGAGUAGCCCACAUCGACUCUCUCCUACAAGAAAUGCUAUUGGGAGGAGAGUUGGCCGACAACCCGCUGCCUUUGUCGCCGCCCAAUCAGUCAAACGAUUUCCAGAGCCCCACCCAUCACUCGGGAAGCAUGGAGAACAACGGACAAGUCAACUCCACCAUGGACACACUAUCAUCGGGUGGGGGCACCGGUUCCCACGCGCUGGAUCUGGAAGUGCAACAGAUUCAGGCCCUGAUUGAGGCAAACACCGCAGAGGAUUCUUUCCGAGCUUAUACUGCUGCCACGGCGGGAACCGCUGCAGCAGCCUCAAACUCUUCAGCUACGCCCAUUGCAGUGGCGCCGGCAGCUAUUUCGCCUCCCCUGAACAGUCCCAAGUCACAACAGCCUCAGCAACAGCAACAUGUUUCGCACCUGCAACAGCAGCAAGACAGCUCCUACUUGGACGUGGCAGUCAAGCACUACAAUGGCAACCGGACGGGAGUAGCUACGACGCAGCACAGUCCACAGCGCAUGCAUCCCUACCAAAGAGCGGCCGUGUCGCCGGUUGAUGUGGCCAACGCUGGAAACGGUUUGGGUCUGCGCAAUCCCGCUGACAUAACCCUCAACGAAUACAACCGCAGCGAGGGCAGUAGUGCCGAGGAGCUGCUGCGGCGCACCCCGCUCAAAAUCCGUGCCUCAGAGCUCCUCCCAGCGCCGGCUGGCUAUGGAAUGGAGCCCUGUCGGAUGACUCUGAAGCAGGAACCAGAGACUGGCUACUAACUUGAUAAAAUAUGGUGCAAUAUUGAGUUUGCAAUAGGGCAACAUGCCUCAAACACACACACAUAUACAGGCCUCUCUUGCUGUACCCCCACCAAGUGCUAUACAGAGAUGAAAUAUGAAGAUAAUGAACUUACUUAAUUGUUAUGCCUUGACCCUUUUUGAUACAUUUUUUAGUCCUUAAGUAGGUAUCAUGGAAAUUGUUGCUUAAUUUUUAAAUGUUUAACGCAAUUGCAAUCUAUUUUUGGAGUCAUAUUUUGUCCAAGAACUAUAUUAUAUAUAUAUAUAUAUAUAUACCUUUAUACAUAUGUAUGUAUAUUGUCUACACCCUAGCAUGUACUGAGUUUGUUGGUUAUUUGGUUAUUAUAUAUCCUUGAGCAUGGAUCACAAAGCUUUUACAUAAAUAGGCCAUGCAAUAUAUUGUUUUCGGUUAGGGUGUUAUCUAGAUUAUGCGCUGAAAGUGUAAAUUAUAUUUAAUGCUAAACAAAGAACUAUUUUUAUAUGAGUAUGUAUAAAAUACAAACUAUUUUAAGAUGGCUGAAUGAAUAAAUGCAAAAGUAAGAAUAUAAAACUAUCGGAGAGAGUAAUAAAAAAAUUAUGUAAUUGA